AUGACUAACGCUCCGGGCAAAGCAUUAGUGAUAGCUGUGCCUAGACCAACAGCUCCACAGCCUACGCCAGUAACACAGCGACCCCCGUCUACAUCCUUACAGCUACCAGCUAGCUUCCAGAUACCGCCAGGUAUGGUGCUCAUCCGAAGUGAUAGCGGUCAGCUGAUGUUGGUUUCCCAGCAAGCUCUUGCCCAAGCCCAGCAGGGAACCAGAACAUCCAGCAAUGCUGCUUCCAGACCUCUAACCCCACAGGUGAUGCACUAUGGUAACAAGCAGCAUAUUUCACUACAGGUGUCUGCAGCAACUACCAUCAAAAAGACAGACAACCUGUCUAUGAUCAGAGUUCCUCCCCCUCCCAACAUGCGCCUGGCCCCCACCGCACAAAGAACUCCUGUGAUUAAGGUGGUAGGGCCGGCGGUUCCCACCCCUCAAGUCGUUCAGGCACCACAUCCAAUCGUGCGGCCAGGGUCUCAGCCCAGGCCCCAGACCCCCGUGGCGAAAACCAACGCCCCUAACGUCGCCACCACUACAAUCACACGGGAGACCUUGGAGAACGUGAAGAAAUGCAAGAACUUCCUGGUGACGCUGAUAAAGCUGGCCUCCAGUGGCACCCAGUCCCCUGACAUGGCCAAGAAUGUCCGAGAGCUUGUCAGGAGUCUGCUGGAUGGAAGCAUAGAACCUGAGGAAUUCACCGACAGACUAUAUCGCGAGCUGAAGUCCUCUCCGCAACCAUACCUGGUCCCUUUCCUAAAGAAAAGCCUGCCCGCUGUGCGCCAGCUCACCCCCAAUCCCCAGCUCUUCAUCCAGCAGGUGGACCAACCCAAGCCCCAGGCUCCGCCCUCCAAGGGCCCCACCCCAGCCCCCACCGCCCGCACCCCUUCCCUGCUCUCCGCCAACAUCAAGCCCUCCGUCGCCAUCGCUGGGAGACAGCCUUACAAGCCGGCCCAGCUGGUGAUUCAGCAUCCCAGGGGUGUAGCCGGUAUGCCUGCUGUGACAUCGUCAGCCUCGUCCUGCCGGAUCCUGACCGUGUCUGACAGAACCAUGGCCAAACCGAUAGUCCUCCAGUCUGGGCAGCGCCACACAGGGGCCAUUUUCCGACGGGCGCCUUUCAAAGCCUUCGCCCCUGCGCCCCAGACACACACCUUCAAGCACAGUGGCGGCUCCUACAGAGAGGACGAUGACAUCAACGACGUGGCCUCCAUGGCCGGGGUCAACCUGAGCGAGGAGAACGCCCGCAUCCUAGCCACCGACUCGGCCAUGGUGGGCUCCGUGGUGCAGUCGUGUCGCGACGAGCCUUUCCUGCCCCCCGGCCCCCUGCUCACACGCAUCCUCCACGCCGGUGAGGCUGUGGGCGUGUGUGUGCGUGAGGUGGGGCCGGACGUGGUCAACCUGGUUUCUCACGCCACUCAGGAGCGCCUCAGAGGCCUGCUGGAGAAGGUCUCUGUGGUGGCACAGCACCGCAAGAUUGCCCUCAAGGAGGAUUUCCGCCACACGCAGGUGAGCGACGUGCGCUCCCAGCUGCGCUUCCUGGAGCAGCUGGAGGGUCUGGAGAAGCAGAGGAGAGACGAGGAGGAGCGCGACCAGCUGCUCCGCAUCGCCAGGAGUCGAUCGAACACAGAAGACCCCGACAGACAGUUGCUCAAACAGCGGGCCAAAGAGCUGCAGCAGUUGGAGCAAGCUCAGCUCCAGCACAGGGAAGCCAACCUGACUGCCUUGGCUGCCAUAGGGCCCCGCAAGAAGAGGCCCCAGGACUCCGCGGGAACCCAGGUUUCUACCGUGCUGCAGAGGGCCGGCGUUCGGCGGGUCACCCGGGUAUCCCUGAGAGACCUGCUGUUCUGUAUGGAGCAGGACCCUGCCCUGCGCCACUCCCUGGCCCUGUACAACGCACUGCUCCGAUAG